AUGAAAGAAGGUGUACCAAAAUUGAUUUUGCAAUUGCAGCAGCAGGAAGCAAGACUACAAACCUGGGAGUCUUUGACAGAGGAAGAGAUUCAGGAGGCCAUCAAAACAGCAGAAGAGUGGAACAGUCAGGGUGUUCCUCCUGAGGUGCAGAUAGACAUUGCCAAAAAGAAAAGUAAGAGCAUGGUCUACCACUUCACUAACAAGAUGUACAAAUGGGCUGGAAUGAGAGUGUUUGUGUUGGCUGCAAGAAAGACAGAAAAAUAUAAGGCCAUCGUCCAAGGGCUUAUUUACAGCUGGAGAUUAUAUGUUCUUUCAAGGAUAAUGCUGUAUUUUCCAUCUAUUGUCAUUUAA